GCCCGAGGAGGCUGCUGGGUUGGCACUCGGCUUGGCUUCCGGAGGCUGGGGCUGGACUGGACUGGACCGCGCAGGUCCCCGGACCGCACCCGCGCGGAACCCAGCGGCGUCUUCCGGGCCGAGGCGGGGCUGGGCCGGCCCGGAGGCGGGAGGAGCGGGAAGGUGACCCUGGCGCGGGGCGGAGCCGGCGCGGCGUGACGGCGGGGCCCAGCAUGAACAGCGUGGGCGCGCUCCUGCGACCAGUGGCCUGGAAGCUACACCGGAGGCGAGACAUCUCCUCUUGGCUGGCCAAAUGGUUCCCCAGAGCCCCAGCCAAGUCCGUGGUGGCCCUGAAAACGCCCAUCAAAGUGGAGCUGGUGGAGGGGAAAACCUACAGGUGGUGUGUGUGUGGCCGUAGCAAGAAGCAGCCCUUCUGUGAUGGCUCCCACUUCUUCCAACGCACUGGCCUCUCCCCACUCAAGUUCAAGGUCCAGGAGACCCGCACAGUGGCCCUAUGUACCUGCAAGGCCACGAAGAAGCCCCCGUACUGCGAUGGCACCCACAGGAGUGAGCGAGUACAGAAGGCAGAAGUGGGCUCCCCACUCUGAGAGUGGGUGGCUGCUGCCUAGCUCCAGGCUUCUCUGACAGGCACCCCCUUUGUGGGGAAGAAAAGUGAGUACCAAGCCAAAGAAGGGAUCAUCCAGGGACCCCAGUACCCACAGCUGGCUCUUAAAGGACUUGCUCUUCAUAACCUGAGGUCUCCAAUCUGAGGCAGCCAGGAACAGGACCCUGGUUCAAUACUUUCUGGUGGAAAAGAUGGCAUUAAAUAAGCAUGCCCAUCUAGA